AUGGCGUCUACAGAGGCGCUGAUUCGCAUGGGAAUCAAAAUCAAGCAGCUUCACUGCUGCGAGAGCGACCACACAGCUCGGGCGGUUGCGAUGGCUAGGUUGAAGACGUUGAGCGGGAUCUUCCCCAACCUCUCGGCCGAGUCUGCGUUCGAGAACUGCUUUGGGUUGCUGCCACAGGACGUCAAGCUGAUCAAUCAAAGUCACAUCAUUGGGCUGGGACCUCUUGACUUGGUAGUUUGUGGGUUUCCCUGCCAGGGAUUCUCGGGGGCGUCGGGGACGGCCAAAGGCCUUCGAGACCCACGCACCGCCGCUUUGUCGACGUGGUUCGGUUGGUACACAGGAUCAUUCGCCACCAAAGAAACUGUCAGCAGAGCCUCGUGCGGUCCGACCCGCGGGGAGAUGAUAGAGCCGACUGUAGCGGAGCGCGAGGGGGCGAUGGGUUUCAUGCGCGGGACAACCGUCAACUCAGCUGCAUCCCCAAAUGAGGGGAAGGAGGACAGCCCCGCAGCGGCCAAGGUGGCCCAAGGACGGCCUCCACCCGACCCAGAACCUGAUGUUGAGUAUCUUGGCCACAGGGUUGUUCCUGGGGGGACUGCCCCGAUGCAGGUCAAGGUGGAGGCCAUCGUGAUGAUGCGAUCUCCAACAGAGGUUCCUGAGUUGAGGGCCGUGCUGGGCACUUUCAACUAUUACAGGAAGUUCGUUGAACAUUACAGCACCAUCGCUGCACCGCUGAACAAUCUUCUGCGGAACGACGUAGCUUGGGGCUGGUCCGAGGCUUGUCAGCAAGCUUUCGAGACACUAAAGAUCAGGUUCACAGAAGCGCCAAUUUUGAGACGGCCUGAUCACAAACGCCCUUUUGAACUCCAUACAGAUUGGAGUGGCGUCGGACUGGGCGCGGUGCUCGUUCAGAGGGACGACCAGGGACUCAUCACCUAUGCCUCGAGGAGCAACAACAAGACGGAGAGGAAUUACUCACGCUACCAGGGUGAGUGCCUUGCUGCAGUCUUGAGGGUGUCCUACUUCCGUUCCCACUUGUACGGGCGACACUUUAAGCUGCCGACGGACAACGAGCCGUUGAAGUGGCUUAUGACGAACGAGAAACUCAUAGGGAUGCACGCACGCUGGGCGCAUAUCCUGUCUGAGUAUGACUUCAAAAUUGAGCAUAGGGCUGGUUUGAAGUCGGAAGAUGCAGACGGGCUUUCGCGAAAACCCCCUGCCAGAUGA